AUGAGUAAUGCAGGUACAGAACCACUGAUGAGUAAUGCAGGUACAGAACCACUGAUGAGUAAUGCAGGUACAGAACCACUGAUGAGUAAUGCAGGUACAGAACCACUGAUGAGUAAUGCAGGUACAGAACCAUUGAUGAGUAAUGCAGGUACAGAACCACUGAUGAAUAAUGCAGGUACAGAACCACUGAAGAAUAAUGCAGGUACAGAACCACUGAAGAAUAAUGCAGGUACAGAACCACUGAUGAAUAAUGCAGGUACAGAACCACUGAUGAAUAAUGCAGGUACAGAACCACUGAUGAAUAAUGCAGGUACAGAACCACUGAUGAGUAAUGCAGGUACAGAACCACUGAUAAAUAAUACAGGUACAGAACCACUGAUGAGUAAUGUAGGUACAGAACCAUUGAUGAGUAAUGCAGGUACAGAACCACUGAUGAAUAAUACAGGAACAGAACCAUUGAUGAAUAAUGCAGGUACAGAACCACUGAUGAGUAAUGCAGGUACAGAACCACUGAUGAAUAAUGCAGGUACAGAACCACUGAUGAAUAAUGCAGGUACAGAACCACUGAUGAAUAAUACAGGUACAGAACCACUGAUGAAUAAUACAGGUACAGAACCAUAG